CCACAGCAACGCAACACUGGCAAUCCGCAGACAAUUAAUGUUUAUCCUUUCACAAUCCACUCUUUCGAUUAUUUGCGCCACAAAUAAAGCUGUUAUCGUAGCGAUUGGAAAUUGGAAACCUAUCAGCACCUUUUGUUCAACAGCUGUUACUCGGAUAUCGAAUAAUAACGGGUGGAUUAUUGAUCGACCAUUUCACCCGUCACCGCAGGGCGUGGGGCAUCCAUUGUUGGAAACUGGAAAAAUUGUCAAAUAUGGUGCAUCGCUUAUCAGCUUGCGAAUGAAUCAGUCCGAAUUCAAGGACAGCGGACGCCACAGGUGAUACGGUAGGUAGGAGAAAGAGCAAAUUCGUUUCGAUUGUGGAUUUUGCUGAUAAGUGCCUAUCAGCACUGUGGAAAGUACAUAGGACAUUGGAAAAACCUGUGGAAAACGCUUAGUAGCUGAUGCGACCUUGCUUCGGACGGAAGCGAUCAUCUACCGGGAAACACGGUGCACUCACUCGGAAUGCGUUCCAUACUGGGCACCAAAUCUUUUAACAUCAAUGAGCCGCCAGUGGAUCAGUGCAAAAAGGGGAAGUCCAAGUGGUGCCGCAAAGCCAAACGGAAACGUUGCCUGCCUGUGGUUUUUUGCGCCAUUUGCUUUUCGAUACUGAUUGCAUGGGUUAUGGGUGAUAUCUUUCGGCAGCAAACGGUCUCCGACAGUGAUGUGAUUGCAAAUGAAACUUCGGAAGAGGCAGUCGAGUUCGAGUAUGCAGGAAAUCAAAGCAAAGCGAGAAUUGUUGAGAUUACUGCUGCGAAGGAUCAUUCGUGCUCACUUAGUGCGCAGUGCAAAAUUUCCUGCACGGGAGUCGACGUAACAAAAAUGUCCGCGAAAAUUACAAAAUUAUUGGAGGACUUGUUAUGCAGUGAAAUCACAUUAGUAAUCGAGUCGUUGUACAUAGCAGAUCAGAAGCUCGUCCUAGAUUGGCUUCAACUGGAUGUGGAUGUCAAUGUCGCUCAGCUGGAGCUGAAAACUUCGGAUAUAAUGGAAAUCACACCUGGAGCAUUCGACAUGGGUUGCCUGUAUGGAGCAACUAGCUUAUCUUUAAACUCAUUGCAGGUUACUUACUUAGAUGGUUACACAUUCAUUGGGCUGUCCCAGUUAAAGGAGCUAAAUCUGAAGAAUUUACCACUGAAACAGGUCGGACAGUAUUUGCUGAGUCCGAUGAUGUUUACGUUGACAAGAUUGUUGGUGGAGGGGAGUUUGGACAAAAUCAACCCUUUCCCGCUUACUGGCAUGACCCAAAUGCACAAUUUAGCGGUUGUUUCAUUCGACUACAAUAUUUUCGAAGAUGUUCUCGAUGGUGAUAGCUUUGCAUUUUUGCCACUGGUGUCUAGUUUGUACCUGAGGAAUUCGAAUAUUACGACCUUGAAGAAGGAAGUCAUCGAGAGUGUUAGUAAAAGUGUGAAACAGAUUCAUUUGGAUGGCAACGAACUGGAAACGAUCGGUGAAGGAGUGUUCGACAGUGUCCGCAAUAUGAGUGUAAAAAUAUACUUGAAAAAUAAUCCAUUAAUAUGCGAUUGCAAUCUAAACUAUUUACAUGAUUUGAUAGUUUCCAAUCCAGAUAUGUUUGAUGACGUAACAUGUGAUAAACCAGAUGAAUUAUCCGGAGAACUGGUUGCAUCAGUUGUUGUUUGUCAAAUAACCCCAACUUUACCGACAACGGAAUUAGUCACGCAUGAACCAAACGAUACGGAAACCACCAAAACUACAGAAUCCACUAUGUCAACCUCCGGAAAACCUACUCACAUGCCACCAGGAGAUGAAACCGAAACUACAGAAACUGUAACUCCGACAAGACCUCCGUUUACUAUGCCCACCAAACCUCCAGUAACUGAACCGGAUGAUCCACCAACUGCUCCAGAACCCACGGAAACAUCAUCAACGACACCCAAACCAACGAUACCGCCUCCCCCUCCAACACCUAUUCCAACAACAACUACCAGCACUUCAACAACUACUGCAGGAAAUGUUUACACCUUACAAUGUUUGUCAUCGGCAGUGACUGUAGAAUCGUCUCUCAAUAUUCUCGAGGCCUCAGAGAUCGGAGUACAGAAGCGAUCGAAAAUAUUCGCUGUAUCCGAAGCGCAAGAAGGCGCCGUCGAUGUGCUGCUCGAUCAGCUGUACCAAAACUCGCUGAUAUUAUGGUUUUACGACACCUCUUCGAAUACGCUUUUUCCGACGAACAUAGAAGACAGCGCAAGCUGUGUCGAAAUCAGCGGUCGAGUAAAACGAAUCACUAAUCUGGUACCGGACAUGACCUAUAUCUUUUGCAUCUUAUACGUUUAUGAAAAUACGAUAUCCCCUUUCGACUGUCUGCCGCACAAACUGCUUCCGACUUAUGGACAGCGGACAUGGCUAAUCGAGGAUCAAAAAAUAAUAGUCAUUAGCAUUCUCAUUUCAUCUAUAUUGGUAUCUAUUUUGAUUGGAAUCAUGGGCACGUACUGUUUUAUCAAUAGUUUUACAACUUACAAAAAAGCAUGUCGAAAUGUAUCCGCUAACCUUUGCUCAGAUAAAAGUGCCACUAAUCAGUGCUACAUGACUCCAGUGCCGGCCAAUCCACCGAAAAGCAGACAACGUCAUAAACGCAGCGUUUCCGACACCAGCAUCGAGAGCUGCCGCAGUUACGUUUCGGCCGUCGUUCCCGCGUCCCAGUUCCAGUACAUUUCCUGGAAGAUGGAAAACCGUUCCCGACCAUCGAUGGAGUACUAUCCGAAGGACCCCCCACCACCGCCAUUGCCACCCCACCCGAGCAAGCGGCUGAAGAAGCAGAAGUCGGAGAUUAAGAUAAAUUUUCAGGAAAUUUACGACGAACCCACUAGUGCUAGCUACACGUCCUGUCCUCCGGCGAAGAUGCACCCGGGGAAGCAUUGAAGAUUUAUGGUUUUUGGUAGCUGAACGAGAAAACUAGUUUCAUUCAUUCCGCUGGAUGGAAAAGUUGCACCUUGAAGUUGCUUGUAAGAUUUGGAAACGUAAUUUUCUAGGAAUAACAUGAUUACGAUAGUAGCGGAUGGUAGCGGGUUUAAAUGUUGUAGGGUUUUAUUAAGGAAUUGAAAUAUACGUAGAAUGCGCUUGAAUCAAUACAUUAUUAAAUGAAUCCCUAGUUGGCAUUUUAGGCAAAAGGACCUGAAAUGACGAUGUAUAAG